AUGUCGACGAUCAAAAAUGUCCUGCCAAUCGAAACCAUUCGUGAGUACGAAACCGCGAGAUACGAUGAGUUAUUCCGCGCCACAUGCCGCCCAAUCGACAAGGUCACCAGCGCAGACCUCUUCGUGUGCCCCGAUCCCAUCCUCACAAGUCUUGCUCAGCUAGCGACGUACCGGACCUCAACAGAAAGAUCGCUCAUAUCUUUAUUCGACAAGAACGAACAAUACAUCAUCGCCGAAGCGACUCCCACAACAUCAAUUAUACCGAACCUUCCAACCGGUCGAGAUGAUGAAGCAUUUUGGCUUUCCGGGACGCACAUCCGACGCAGGGACGGGGUUUGCGAUUAUACGUUACGCCACAUCGAAGCCACGUUGCACCAGACCAGUGAUAGCGAGCUUCCUGCUGUUAUUGUCCAAGAUUUGGUCACUGAUGCUCGUUUUUCCUCAAGCCCACACUGCAAGCCUGGUGGUCUCGCCAGGUUUUACGCUGCUGUGCCUAUCCGAUCGCCUCGUGGCAUCAACAUUGGAGUUUUUUGCGUUAUCAAUUCCAAACCAGGGUUCGAUUGGAAGGAACAAGACACAAACGUCAUGCGAUCGUUGUCGCAAACCAUCAUGGACCAUCUUGAGAGCAACUAUGUCAAGAAGGUGUUGAAGCGUAAUGUUCAGAUGAGCCUCGGCCUUCGCAACUUUUCGACUGGAAUGUUGCUCUCAUCUCAAAGCAACUCAGAUUCAGCCAUGACCAUAGACUGUAACAAUCUAGGUCUCUCGAAAACAAACGAAACUGAAAAUGAACUCCAGAAGCCCCAACCCACUCUCUGUGAGCCGAUAUUUGCCACAAGAACUCUUUAUUCCGAUAGUCUAGAGAACAACCAUGAGGACCCUCCAACCACCACACCGUUCCUCAAGGCAGCCACCACCAUUGCAGAAUGUCUCAAAAUUGAUGCAUGUGUAUUUUUUAGGGGAGAUUCCCGCGUCUUGAACGCCGUUGGUCCAUCUGUAAUUGAGGUCGACGAUAAGGAUUCGUCCAAAACAUCGCCGUGCAGUCCCGUCAUCUAUUGUGGUGACGAGAAUAAGCAUGAUUCAGCGAUUCCAUUAUUACUUCCCUGCCAGGUGCUUGGUUCUUCAUGUGUCGAUAGCACCCAAGUGCCUGGUGAAAGUGCUUUAUCUCAAAUAUUCCUCGUACAGCUAUUUGAGCGAUAUCCAGAAGGCUGCGUGUUUGACUUUCAGGCGAAUCAGAUUCUCGUAUCUAAUCAGUCACCUACACAAGAAGACCAUACUUGCCAUUACACGAAGCAGUCAAACGAUGAAUUGGAUAACCAAGAACCUAGGCACUCGAGACGCAGCUCAGAUAACCACUAUGACAUGGAUGAACUGAUUCAUGGAAAAACACAAAUUCUCAAGGCUUUCCCCAACGCCCAAACUGUCGCAUUUACUCCAAUUUGGGAUCCUCAGACAGGCACCUGGUCGAUUGGCGGCUUCAUGUGUUCAGAAACACCUCACUUUGAGUUUGACGAGGAUAGUCAACUACCAUUCUUACGGGCCAUCGGGACUCUUGCUGCAUCAGAAGCAUUCCGCUUGGAAACCUUGGCGGCUGAUAAAGCCAAAUCGGAUGUUCUCGGAUCAAUUUCGCAUGAGCUUCGGUCUCCUCUCCACGGCAUCACCCUAGGUCUGGAGCUAUUGAACGAUUCUGGCUUAGGUCUUGCACAGCGAAACAUUGCUCACAUGAUCGAGACGUGCUGUCGAACUCUCUGCGAAACAACAGAACACCUACUGGACUUUUCUAAAGUAAAUCAAACUGCGCAACCACAAAGCCCACUCAACAAUCUUCAGCAUCAGUCUGGUUCGAAUGGGACCGGAGCAGGGGCAUUGGCUCGCCCUGUCAGGCUCGACGUACUUGUUGAGGAUGUAAUAGAGAGCGUGUCUGCGGGCCACAACUACCAGUGUUUGUCGAUGGCGGAAGCCUUUACCAACUCCAAGACCCAGAAGCAUUCUGAUAUACGAGCUAUCCGUCAAUUGGAUUCGAUGCAGGCUACGGACGAGCUUAAUCCCACAGGCAGUAGCGACAACCAGGGCCGGCUGGAGAAGCGGGACGUAUCUGUCUUCUUUCUCUACGACACGGCUUGUUCGUGGUACUUUCAUACGGUCGCGGGUUCCAUACGUCGUAUCGUCAUGAACUUAGUUGGGAACUCUCUAAAAUAUACAUCCCAAGGCACCAUCACUGUGUCUCUCACUCAGAAUCAAUCUUUGGAUCCCGCAAGUCAGGAACGACGAGUGACGCUGGUUGUUGAAGACACUGGACGAGGGAUCACGGAGGAGUUUCUCAGAAAUGGUGUUUUUAAACCUUUUUCACAAGAAAACGAACUGUCGACGGGCACGGGUUUGGGUCUUAGUUUCGUUCAAAAGCUUACAGCCCAACUUGGUGGUAACAUCUCUAUUACCAGUAAGCACAAUGUAGGUACCAAAGUCACAGUGUCAUUGCCGUUGACUAUGCUGCCUGGUCACGAGCUGCCAGCAGAGAAAGCUGUCAAGGAACAAGGCACAUGUCGCGGUUUGCGUGCUCGAGUGGUCAACACUGUCGAGCAUGUCGGACAUGCUUCUCCGAUACUUUCAGCAGAGGAUGCCUUGCUCGAAAGGUUGUGUCGCGACCAUGUUGGGCUCAAACUGUGUACCGAAUCUGAUGCUGAUGAUCUGGCUCCCGAUAUCAUCAUCGUGACAAGCCCUACGAUAUACGAUAUUUGUUGCCCAGUCGCGCCAUGGAGCGGUUUGCCAGUUAUUGUCGUAUGCUCCAAUGCACUGGUAGCCCAUAAGUAUGAGUCAGCUUCCAAACUGGCUGGCCGAACAAGGUUACAUGAUUUCAUUUCGCAACCUUUAACUCCGUUAAAACUUGGCAAGGCUAUAUCUAGGGUUGUAGCGCUUUGGGCUGAAAUACAGGACAGUCCUCACAUGUCUGUUCCAAUCCCGCUGCCCACUCCGUAUACUCCUGAGACGUCUGCACCAACAUCUCUACCAAGCCCGUCAGAAACAGCAUCGUUAGGUAAACCAGUAACCCCCGGAGCAACGAGUAGCCCGUUUGGAACUCUUACUGUGGCCGAGGACUAUUUUCCAAUGUCUCGGUUUCUGCUAGUUGAAGAUAACCCCAUCAAUCUGAAGAUACUUACCUGUUUUAUGAACAAGUUGAAGCAACCAUAUGAGACAGCAACCAACGGCGAGGAAGCUGUUAUGUCUUACAAAGCGAGCCCAGGGCAUUUCUCAUGUGUUUUAAUGGAUAUAUCGAUGCCAGUCAUGGACGGACUUGAGGCAACUCGACAGAUACGCGCCUUUGAGCGCUAUAGCAAUAUCCCGCCAACUUUAGUGCUGGUUAUCACUGGGUUGGGAUCCCAAAGUACACGAGAUGAAGCUACUCGUAGUGGAGUAGACUUUUUUAUUACCAAGCCCGCCAAGCCAAAGGAGUUGAAGGAGGUCCUUCAAAAACACGGAUUUGCUAUCUAG